AUGAACGGAGAUACAACAUUAAUACUAUCAUUGAUAAAUAGAAUAAGUCUUAAGCUGCCAUGUAAUAGCGGACAACAACUAGAUGUAUUGGAAUCUGAUCCCCUUAUCUUACAAACCGUAAACUCAAUAAUUGAUUUAUCGAGGUAUAAACUUAGCACUAUAGCUAAUAAUUUAACACAACUAUUAGAGACUAUUUCCAGGUCAUCAGUGGUCAUGGAAGAUUUCGUCCCUUUCGAUGUUCUUCAAUCACAAUUAUUCAUCCUAAAAAUUCUAUCCGCUUGUAUGACAAAUCAUUGGAAAUAUUAUCGAGGUUCUCAACGUGAGAUAGAUAAUCAAUCAAAAGCUACACAAGUGAUUCUUUCUAAUUCUCAAUCAAUAAAUGAUCCUGAUUCUGUUUCCUCUUCUACGACCCAAAAUAUUCCUCAACCUGUAAAAAUUGAUCAAAAACAACAAAAAUUACCGAGGUCAUGGGAUGAUCCUCCACCUUUGGAAGAUCCACUUGCUAAAUACAUUUUGAGCGUAUUAUCUAGAUUCCUUCAUCUGUAUGUUACUCAUGAAGAUAAUAGCCUAAAUCCUCAAACUGGUGCUUCAAGUGGUCAACCUACAAGAGAUCAUGGUUUACCUACUAAUCCUAAUGUUCAAGUUUCCGCUGCUACUCAUGAUAUCAUUUCUGAAAUUUAUAAAAAUGCCGGACGUGUUAUAUUUUAUAUUAGUGCUUCAAAUUGGCAUGUAGUUUUCUCUAGAAUUAAAAAUCGUAUUGGGUAUUUAACUUCAACAAAUGAUGAUUGGCCUGAAACUGCUGAAUUAAAAUUAUUAGAGGUCUCUGAUCUAAAUUCCAAAAGGUUGUCCAUGGUUUUGCAAGGUAUUCUUGUUAACCUUAAACUAUGUGGCUCAUUUUUACAUCUUAAAAAAUCCGCUCAAAGUGUAAUGGCCAAUGUUCUACGGAAGGCUAUUUGGAAUUGGAUUGAGGUUUUUCCUGCUGAAUUUGUACAUUUAUGUCAAAAUCAAAAACGAUUAGAGGGUGGUCCUGAGAUUUUAUUUGAUAUUUGUUAUAAUCUUGCUGAUAACAACAAACGUAAAACUAUUUUUUGGCCAUUACAAACUAUGUUAUUAAUAUUAUGCCCCGAUAUUCUUUCGAAUGUUUCUAUGAUUGAACGUCCUCCCUCAAUGUCAAAAAAGUCUCUGAGAAAUUCUUUAAGAAGGCCUCGGCUCGCUGAUGUCGCUGCCGUUUGUUACGUCGAUAUAUGUAAAGCUUCUACUUAUAUCGCUAAGAAUGAAGCUUCUGCUUUAAGGUCUUUAGUUCCUGAAAUUGAGAAAGAUUUACAAAUGAAAUUAUUCGAUCCUGCAAGGCCAUUUACAAACGAUCAACAAAUUGAUCAAAAGCUCAUGACUGAAUGCUUAACAGCUUUAUUCAGAUUAAAUAAAGACACUUUAGGAAAUCUGAUUCCGGUUUGUUUAGCUGAAAAUGCACCAAGUACAUUUAAAUUAGUGCUAGUGAAAAGUUGUUAUGCUAUCGCUUCUGAGGAAAAUAGAUUCCCUUGGAAUCCACACCUUUCUUCUGUAUAUUCAAUCCUUGCUGUACCUUUGCGUAAAUUAUUUCACCAACACGUUUCGGGUCGAGAUAGGGGUACUGAUCCUCGAAGAAGGAGGAUGCCAAGGGAGAGAGCAGAUGAGUUAAAUGAAAAAAUGGAAAUAAUAUUAAAUAUAUUGAAAUUAUAUAAAUCGGAUCCCAUGCUUGCUCUUGUGCAUAGUGAUCCUAAUGAAAACCCUGAGGAGAUUCGAUUGGUUAUCCAUGGAAUGACUCUAUGCGUUAAUGAUUUUAAUAGUGCAAUUCGGACUACUGCUGCAGAAACUUUGUUGGAAUUGCAUAAUAUGGAAUUAAUUGAACAAUGGGGUCCAAAGGAUCGAAAAAUGCGUAAUUUUUGGUCAAUAAGUUCCCAAGUAAUGCUCGUUAUUUCUCGGCAAAUUUUGGAUUUCAACGAACGUGAUGAAGGAACCAAGUAUUUGCUUGAUCUUUUACUUCAACUUUUCAAUCGUCGAAAUGAAUUUCUAAAAGCUCACAAAGAUGAAACAAAUGUUGGAAUUAAUGUUCCUGAACGUCUAGGUUGCAAUGUUGCACUGGAAAUUGCUUUAUUAGUGUUAUUGUGUUCUGCAGAUACGGGUAUAUGUCAAAUGGCAGUGAAUUGUUUCCGUCAUUUAUGCCUUGAAGCUCAGUUGACUACGGAGCUUGUAUCUGAUGAGGUUGAUGUACAAGCAGCACCUCCAUCUGAAUUACCAAUUGUGGAAAAUAUGGAUGUAUAUAUGGAAUUGUCCUUGUCAUCUUAUAUAGUUCCAGGUCGAAUGGCACAACAGAAACGCAUUCGCAGGUUAUUACGUUUAAUGAAAAUACCCACUACCGGUAAUCUUGCCGCAUGGGAAGAGGCAUAUAAACGUUGGAAAUCACUUACUGGAUUGAUUGCAAAACCAAAUGAAGAUUUAUCCUCAGUUCAUGCUCCGAGCGGUCGCAUUCCUUGGCCUAGUCCUAGUCCAGCAAGACCUCUAGGCGUUAGUGCUACACCAGUAUCAGAGGCACAAAUGACAGAAUGGCAUAAUUAUACAGGAUUUUUAGCGGCUUUGGGGGGAUGUUGCGUUUUUGACAAACCACUAAAUGGUUCGACUACUAGACCACAAGAAUCAAAUCACAUAAUGGUUGAAAAAUACGUUCAUGAUAUGGUGGAGUUGCUCGUCUGCGAUUCUGUGUAUGUACGUGAAACUGUUAAAGAAAUCCUAGGCUCAGAAUUGAGUCCAAGAUUAUAUGUUAUUCUCUUUAAGCAUAUUGAAUCAAUUGUAUCUAAAUUUUUUGAUGAGGAUGGAGAUGUAUAUCAAACGGAAAAAAACACUCUUUGUGUCGAACAAGCAAUAUCUGUUUUAAAACUCAUUUUGGAUCGUAUCCAAGAUGCAUCUGAAAAUUUAUACGCUGUAGACCUCGGAGGAUUGGUUUUAUCGUUUGCUCGAUAUUUAAAUCGACUUGGUACAAGUCAUGUUGCAUUACGAAUUAAAAAAAGAAUGUGCCAAUUGGCGGAUACGUUAAUGCAAAAAAAGGACUAUAUAACACUUCGCCAAGAAAUAGUAUUACGUAAUAGACUGUUGGAAAUAUUUAUUGAGUGGACUUCAGAUUAUUCAAUGACAGAUCAAGACAAUAGCCCGAAUCUUUCAAAUAAGAGUGAAAGGUUACACCGAGAUUUAGACCAAGCAUGUCUAAAAACAAUUGUUUCAUUAUUGGCGCAAUUACCAUUACAACCAUCGGAAACGUUACUAAACAGAUGUAGAAUUCUUGAGGCUAUUGAUAGUGGAACGCAUUCAGCAAGGAAUAAUCAAGAUCUGCAAAUGUUAUUAACGAGGUCUAGGGAGUAUGUAAAAGACUUGGGACCUUUGAAGGACUAUACAAUUUUAGCUUUAAGUAAUUUGCUUAGCGCUAACGUAGACUCUGGAUUGAAAUUUUCUCUAUCAAUGGGGUAUCAUGAAGACACAAAGACCAGAACUGCAUUUAUGCAAGUCCUUACCAAUAUUCUUAAUCAAGGUACUGAAUUCGAGGGCCUUGCAGAAAAUGCAAUUAACGAUCGAUACGACAGGCUUGUUGAGCUUAUAACAGAAUCUGACCUUAAUAUAGCAUUAUCGUUAUGUGAAGUCUGUCCAGUUUCUGAUAUAGAUAAUGUUUCUCGAGUUCUCCUGGCUGUUUUUGAAUCACGAAAUAAAACCAUGCCUCUGUUGAAGGGCAUCAUCGAAAAAGAAGUUUUAAAUACUGAUGAUCUCCUCAGUAAACCCAGUGAUUUCAGCUGUGAAUUGAAUACUGAUAACCUUCUUCCUGGUGAGGAUAUUAACAAAAAUUUAAUUAACUUGAAGACAACAGCCCAAGCUUUCUUGGAUGGCAUUUGUGAUUCUGGACUAAAUAUGCCUAGGACUUUUCGCCAAGUAUGCCAUUAUAUAGGCAGUUCUGUUGAAGGAAAAUAUCCACGUGCAAAAUGCACUACAGUUGGUGCAUUCGUGUUUUUGCGCUUCUUCAAUCCAGCAAUUGUAUCACCAGAUAAUGAAAACCUUUGUAAAUCUAUUCAAAAUGUGAAAAUUAGAAGGACAUUAUUAUUAAUUACAAAAGUUAUUCAGAAUCUUGCGAAUAACGUACUUUUUGGUGCAAAAGAACCUUUUAUGAUUGUUCUUAACGAGUUUUUAAAUGAUAAUAUUGUUAAAGUAACUGCAUUCUUGGAAGAAAUUUCUAAAUUUCCAAAUAUUCCAUCAUUCGCAGAUACAAGGACAGGUGACCAAAGUAAAUUGGAUGAUGCAGAUCGAAAGGCGCUUCACAAGUAUUUAAUUGAAAACCAAGAAAAAAUGGCCAAAGAUUUACAGACGCGUAGAGUUAAAUCUAUAAAUCCUGCUAGCUCCGCAAAUACUAUACUUGAUCAAGCUCAAACAAGCCAAAAAGCAUGGGAUAAAAUUUCUACAUUAUUAGCUCAUCUUGGUCCUCCGACUGAGAGUCAAAAAAAGGACUUUUUGCAGAACAAUAAUAAUAAUCAUUUUGAGACAAAUCAUCAACUAUUCACUGAAUUUAUGCAUCGAAAUGCUAAUCGUUCUGUUGAUUCUAUAAUAUCGAAAUCAUUAUUUUAUGAUGGUGCCUUAUCAAAGGAAAAGAGGCAAGUGUUUUAUUUAAUAUUAAGACGAUUCGAGGCAGAAUCCACUGAUAUGGAUCUUUUAAUGUAUCAUAUUCUUCAAGUAAUCGAGCCAUAUAUCUCUAAACCAUUCGAACUGCUGGUUGAUGUUACACAAUUUGGACAAGCAAAUGAAGUACAAUCCCAAUGGGUGCAGCAAUUCAUGCAAAUCCUUCCAUUUAAUGCCAUCGAAAAUCUAGCAGCUUUAUAUUUUUAUAAUCCAAAUAAUUCUUUCAAGAAAUUUAUUAAAAAAUUAGGAAAUAUCCUUUUAUAA